AUGAUUAAUCUUUGGGAACUGAAAAAAUAUCAAUCUGGAGGGGCCUCCAAUCAAGAAACAGAGCGAGUUGAUUGGUACCAGGAACUACUGGGACGAAGACAAAAUUUCUUAUUUUAUGCAGCUGCUGCCGUGUUAUCAUUCCUUGUUGUUGGCCUACUGCCUCCAGUCAUCUAUGGCUUCUCAUUUCAGAGGAGUGAUGAUAGAGAUCUCAAGCUCGUGGCAGUAGCAGCGACUUCACUUCUAUGCAUCAUCCUACUUAGCAUUGGAAAGGCUUAUGUUCAGAGGCCUCCCAAGUCUUAUAUAACAACAGCAGUAUACUAUGUUAUGAUAGAGUUUGGAGUCUCGGCUGUUUCCUUUGCAGUAGGCAACCUAAUCAUGAAACUCCUGGAGAAGCUUCGUUUAUGUCAGUCCAAUUCCCUUGUAACCCUGCCACUUCUCAAGACAGAACCAGUGAAACCAUUAUGGGCAUCCUAUUAG